UGUAAAACAGAGUCACGGUAAAGCACGACUCAACCCAAGACAGAGCUAAUAAAAGAUCUACUGAGCUACCUACAAACCUGCAUAUUUGAUUAAAACAAUAAAUUGAAGUCAACUUGCAUUCCUAGUAGAAUUACUAAAGAGCCCUCAAAUGAAAGAAGACUGAAUUGAGUUUAUUGAUUACCAGGAAGACUAUCACCCUUCUGAAGCCUGGUUAUCCGUUGGAGAAGCCCAGUUUAUUCACAAUGCUCCUGCCAGCCCCAUUGCUGCUUGUAGCUCUCUGCGUUCCACUGUGGACCCAAGCCUGCGGACCCAACGAUGAGGAUCCACCCACGAGUGUUGUACUAGGGUGGUUCAAAGAGCGACUGCUGGAGAGCUUGAGACUGGAGGAGCCACCCAGUGCACAGUCCCACCACCAGCGAAAACUGGGGCUUACCCAACACAGAGCCUCCACUCAAUGGGGCAGGGCAACACUGACAGAGAGGAGAAGAUCUCAGCUGGACACCUCACAGGUCAUCCUGUUCCCCAGCACUGAUUCCACUUGUGUUUUCAGUUCUGACCUCCCCCCAACAGAGGGAGCUGGCCACUUUACCUACUACUUUCAGCCCUCUGGAUACACACUGGAGCGCAUAGUCACCUUGGCUCACUUCUGGUUCUACUCUGGAGGGAACGUGACCGAACUGCAGGAAGGAAACAUAUCAGCACCGGUCUUCAUUCUCACCUCUCACCAGCAGUUAGAAGAGGCAGCAAAACACCCAGAAAAGAGAUCUCCAGAUGGGUGGUCCAUCUACCACAUCAAGAGGCAUAUCCAUCCCCUUCUAUCAGAUGGGCCUUUCGUUCUCCAGGUGCGUUGUCCGAAUUGCGGCUGCCACUCUGAGCCCGACAAGACCCCCUUUCUUCAAUUCCACAUGCUACCAAAAAGCCCAGAGCGAUCAAGGAGGUCCUCUGUUCCAUGGUCUCCUUCUGCUAUUGACCUCCUGCAAAAGCCAGCCCAAGAGCAGCCUGUAUACAACGACUGCCACCGCAUGGCACUCAAUAUCUCCUUUGAGGAACUGGGCUGGGACAACUGGAUCGUCCACCCAAGGGCAUUCACUUUCCACUACUGCCAUGGGAAUUGCUCCAGCAGGGAACACAUGACCACCUUCCUUGGGAUCAAGCAGUGCUGUGCUCCUGUGCCGGGUACCAUGAAGUCUCUUAAAUUUCGUACAACCUCCGACGGUGGAUAUUCCUUCAAGUACGAAACACUUCCCAAUAUGAUUGCAGAGGAGUGCUCCUGUAUUUAGCAGGAGUUUUGGGUGCCAUCACAGAUCUGGGACUACCUUUACAUUAUGUAGAAAAUCUAUCGACAUGCCUGACAUUCUAGUGCCCACUAUUGCUAGAAAUAAAAGUUGAAUCACGUACUUUACCCAAAUGUCAGAUUUUACAGCUAUGGCCAAAAGUUUUGCAACACCUAGAAUUUUAGACAAAAAAAAUAAUAAAAUGAAUAAACCAUCACCACCACCACUAUAUGAACAGAAUUAUUAUAAUUUUUUAUUUAGCAUCAUGUGAAACUACAAACUGAUAAUCGCAAAAGUCUUCUGGAAGCCAUAAUAGUAGCACAGUAUCAUAAGGUCACAUUUUUCAAUUUGUCAGUGUCUCGUUAAGUAUAUGGAAAACUGCAAAGCGGUAUGCAAGUCAAUAUGUUAAUGUAACAUUAUUCAGCAGGUUUCUUUUGACUUUAUGAAGCAAAAUUAGUUAAUGCUACAGGGUGAUGCAAAACCUUUGGCCAUCGCUCUAGAUCAUAACAGGAGAAGACCAGGUGCAUUAAAGAGUUUGAAUGACUGAAAACUUCUUGUUCAGAAACACCAACAUUACACGGCUUUGACAUUUAUUUGGUUUUGGGGUAGAUUUGAAAAAAAAAUUAUUAAAAAGUAUUAAAUACUACUCCUGUGUUUAAUUCAUUUCCCUUCACUAAAUUAGCUUCAGAACAAACAACUUGGUACUGGGGGCUGAAAUAUCAGUUCUAACUAACGCAUCAUUUUAUUGUUUAAAAUCUGUU